AUGAAAAUGACUCCUCCCUAUGUGAUUGCCAUGUUGGCCCUAAUGAGUUCCUGUUUAGCGACAGCAGGUCCAGAGCCCAGUGCCCACUGUGAACUGUCGCCGGUCAACGCCUCCCAUCCUGUCCAGGCCUUGAUGGAGAGCUUCACCGUCCUCUCGGGCUGUGCCAGCAGAGGCACGACGGGGCUGCCACAGGAGGUGCAUGUCCUGAACCUCCGGGGCCCGGACCCGGGGCCCGGCCAGCCACAGAGAGAGGUUACUCUGCACCUGAAUCCCAUCUCCUCGGUGCACAUUCACCACAAGCCCGUUGUGUUCCUGCUCAACUCUCCGCAGCCCCUUGUCUGGCAUCUGAAGACUGAGCGGCUUGCCCUUGGUGUCCCCAGACUCUUUUUGGUGUCUGAGGGUUCUGUGGUCCAGUUUUCGUCCAGGAACUUCUCAUUGUCAGCAAAAACAGAAGAGAGGAGCUUCCCACAUGGAAACGAACAUCUGUUAACCUGGGCCCGGAAGGAGUACGGAGCAGUCACUUCGUUCACCGAACUCAAGAUAGCACGGAACAUUUACAUUAAAGUGGGGGAAGAUCAAGUGUUCCCACCUGCAUGCAACAUAGGGAAGAAUUUCCUCUCGCUCAAUUACCUGGCUGAGUACCUGCAGCCCAAGGCAGCAGAAGGGUGUGUGAUAUCCAGGCAGCCCCGCGACAAGGAAGUGCACAUCAUCGAGUUAAUCACCCCCAACUCGAACCCCUACAGCUCUUUCCAGGUGGAUAUCAUAAUUGACAUAAGGCCUUCUCGAAAGGAUCCCGAGGUGGUCAAAAAUCUCAUCUUGAUUUUAAAAUGCAAGAAGUCUGUCAACUGGGUGAUCAAAUCUUUCGAUGUCAAGGGAAGCCUGAAAGUUGUUGCUCCUAACAGUAUUGGCUUUGGGAAAGAGAGUGAAAGAUCCAUGAUAAUGACCAAAUCAAUACGAGAUGACAUUCCUUCAACCCAGGAGAAUCUAAUCAGGUGGGCUUUGGACAAUGGGUACAGCCCAUUGACGUCAUACACAGUGGCUCCUGUGGCUAACAGAUUUCACCUUCGGCUUGAAAACAUUGAGGAGAUGAGAGAUGAGGAGGUCCACACCAUUCCUCCUGAGUUACGGAUCCUGCUGGACCCUGGGAUCCUGGACAACCCACCCAUCCGGGGGGAGAGAGGCCGGAACGGAGGGUUCCCCUUUCCUUUCCUGGACAUUCCCAGGAAAGGCCAGAAGGAAGGGGGCGAAGAUGGGCUCCCCCAACCAAAGGACCCUGUCAUCCCUGGCUUACGACUGUUCCCCGGUCCCCGAGAGCCUGAGGAGGUGCAGGGCAGCAUGGAUGUGGCCCUGUCCGUCAAAUGCGACCAUGAGAAGAUGACCGUGACUGUAGAAAAGGAUUCUUUUCAGUCCAACAGCUACUCGGGGAUGGAGCUCACCCUGUUGGAUCCCAACUGCAAGGCCAAGACGAACGGUACCCACUUCAUUUUGGAGUCACCCCUGAACGGCUGCGGGACUCGGCACCGGCGGUCCGCCCCGGAUGGAGUGGUUUACUUCAACUCCAUUGUGAUACAGGUUCCAUCUCCUGGGGGUAGUAGUGGUUGGCCAGAUGGUUUUGAAGAUUUGGAGUCUGGUGAUAAUGGACCUCAAGGAGAUAUGGAAGAAGGAGACAUUUCCCCCUUUAGCAGACCUGAAGUUGUGGUGUUUAACUGCAGCCUGCGGCAGGUGGGGAAUCCCAGGAGUUUCCAGGACCCGCCCAACAGAAACAUCACCUUCAACAUGGAGCUGUACAACACCGACCUCUUCCUGGUCCCUUCCCAGGGCGUCUUCUCCGUGGCAGAGAACGGGCACAUUUAUGUCGAGGUGUCUGUUACCAAGGCUGACCAGGAACUGGGAUUUGCCAUCCAAACGUGCUUUAUCUCUCCAAAUUCGAACCCUGAUAGGAUGUCUGAUUACACCAUCAUUGAAAACAUUUGUCCUAAAGACGAUUCUGUGAAAUUCUACAAUCCCAAGAGAGUGCACUUUCCCAUCCCGCACGCCGAGAUCGAUAAGAAGCGGUUCAGCUUUGUGUUCAAGCCCGUCUUCAACACCACGCUGCUCUUUCUGCAGUGUGAGCUCACAUUGUGUACCAAGAAGGAAAGGGACGCCCAGAAGUUACCCAAGUGCGUGCCUCCCGAUGAAGCCUGCACCUCCCUGGAUGCCUCGAUGAUCUGGGCCAUGAUGCAGAAUAAGAAGACGUUCACCAAGCCUCUCGCCGUGAUCCAUCAGGAAGUGGAAUCUAGAGGAACAAGUCCAAACAUUAAGGAACCGAAUCCAAUUUCUCCACCAAUUUUCCACGGUCUGGACACCAUAACCGUGAUGGGCAUUGCGUUUGCAGCAUUUGUGAUCGGAGCACUCCUGACGGGGGCCCUGUGGUACAUCUACUCCCACACAGGGGAGACGGCGGGAAGGCAGCAGGUGCCCACCUCGCCGCCGGCCUCGGAGAACAGCAGCGCGGCCCACAGCAUCGGCAGCACGCAGAGCACGCCCUGCUCCAGCAGCAGCACGGCCUAG